AAUAAAUCAAUGCAAGAAUAUGAGAGAGAUUAUUGUGACAGAGAAUGUGGAAGAAAUGGAGAUUUCUUUCCCCAAGUUGGACUUCUUGCACAUAGAAAACCUUCAAAACCUUGUUGGAAUCUACUCAGGAAAUUGCAUCAUGGCAUUCCCAUCCUUGAAGCAAUUGACCAUAUUAAACUGUCCAAAAUUGAAGGAGUUCAUGGUUAACUCUAUGAGUACAGAUAUAGCCACUGACAUAAAGCCUCUCUUCAAUGAACAGAUUAAGUUUACAAGGUUGGAGUUCUUAAGUAUGUCUCUUAACUGUCAACAAAUUUGGCACAACCGGGCUCCAGAAAUGCCUUCUUUUGUUCAAAAACUAAAAGAAUUGACUGUGGAUGGCUGUGAUAAUUUGAGAUACCUAUUGACAUGCUCUAUGAUUAAAAGUUUUGUGCAUCUUGAAUCACUGACAAUUCAAAACUGCAAGAUGAUGGAAGGGGUAAUCGUGGCAGACAGAUUGGCAGAAGAAGAAAGGAGCAACAAGAUAUUGUUCCCUAAUUUGCAAGCCCUGGUACUUGAAGGCCUUUCCAAACUCACAAGAUUCAGUCCUGAAAAUUGCAUUGAAUUCCCCAACCUUACAAGACUUGAAAUAGGCAAAUGCCCUAUGUUAAAGACAUUCACCUCUAGUCCUGUUAUUGGAGACACUGCAGUCAGUAGUGAGAAAGCAGAAAACACCAACGCGCCACCUUUCUUCAAUGAAAAGGUAGCAUUCCCUCAAGUAGAGUACCUAAUGAUCUAUUGGAUGGAGAGUUUGAACAAAAUAUGGGCUGAUCAACUUGAUGGAGAUUCCUUUUGCAAACUAAACACCAUUGGUAUAGGUUGGUGUGAAAUGCUAGUGAGCAUUUUCCCAUUUAGUAUGCUGGAAAGACUUCAGAGACUAGACGAUCUGUGUAUUCUCGAGUGUGAUUCACUAGAAGAAAUAGUUGAAGCACCCAGUGCUAGCCAUUCACAAGCUCUGGUAGACACUCAGCCGACGUUGGUGGAAACUGACACCGAGUUCGUGUUUUCGAAAUUGACAAAACUGGCGCUUGGCGGGCUACCGAAGCUCAAGGGUUUCUGCCAUCGAAUGCAUAUUAAAUGCCCAUCUCUGCAAUUAUUAGAAGUUUCUGAAUGGAAGCAAGUGCAGAUAUUUGCUUCGGAAUUUCCAAACUUCCAAAGAAUCAAUGGAGAUGAUCAACUUGAAAUUCAAAUUCAAUGUCCGCUUUUCUCGGUCAGCAAGGUACGGUCUCUGAAAAUACUGCAUGUUGGGAUGCAUUAUUAGAUUUCAAGUUCUAGUAAAGCUUUCUCUUGAAGUCUACCUUUUUCGGUCAAUAGACGUUGCACUGGUUCUAAAAUGCAUUAUUAGAUUAAAAUGAUACUGGAGUAUUAUUUAUUAACUUGAAUAAAGUAAUCAAUUGAAA